AUGAUGCCCAAGCAUCGCAUCUCCAUUCAACAACUCUUGACGUGCGGAGUCCGGAUGCUGGGCAGAAGCAUGCGUGAGCGACCCAAAAAGAGCCACGGUUCAGUUAGAGAGGUCUUCUUGCUACAAUUCAGUGGACCGAUUCUGACCAAUGUUGCUGAAUCCGACAGUGGGUGUGGUCAAUUGCACAUCGCUCGCGCUUGCAAUCGUGAAUUCCACUCUGUUGCAAUUUCCCCUGGGGAAAAAGAAGAGUACCUGAAGUACGCCUUGCCAGCGUUGAUCCUUUACCGCAUGAUGAGCUCUUCGGCCACGACUGAGGAUCUUUUGCAGCCUGGUCACGUUGUGAAGGAGCGAUGGAAAGUCACCAAGAAAAUUGGUGGCGGUGGCUUCGGGGAAAUUUAUGAAGGCAUUGAUCUGAUCAGCAAAGAAGCUGUAGCUUUGAAACUUGAGUCAGCCAAACAGCAGAAGCAAGUAUUGAAGAUGGAAGUGGCAGUUUUGAAAAAACUGCAAGGGAAAGAUCACGUUUGUCGGUUUAUUGGCUGUGGAAGAAAUGAAAGGUUCAACUACGUGGUAAUGCAGCUUCAGGCUAGGAACCUAGCCGAAUUGAGACGUAGUCAGCCGCGUGGCACGUUUUCCUUGUCCACGACGUUGCGGCUAGGUGUUCAGAUCCUUCGUGCCAUCGAAAAUAUCCACGAAGUCGGCUUCCUGCAUCGUGAUGUCAAGCCCAUCGUGCAUAUUGAAAAGAAUCGAGUGAUUGAAAGAAGCAACUUCGCCAUGGGCCGGGCGCAGCAUUUAGGACGGAAGGUGUUUAUGCUGGAUUUCGGACUGGCGAGGCAGUACACGAACGCGACCGGGGAAGUGCGUACUCCGCGAGCAGCCGCGGGAUUUCGCGGCACGGUGCGCUAUGCCAGCCUCAACGCCCACAAGAACAAGGAAAUGGGGCGACACGAUGACCUCUGGUCGUUGUUCUACAUGCUGGUGGAGUUCGUCAACGGCUCUCUUCCGUGGAGAAAAAUCAAAGAUAAGGAACAGGUCGGAGUGAUGAAGGAAAAAUACGAUCAUCGCUCGCUGUUGAAGCACAUGCCGUCGGACUUCCGCCAAUUUCUGGAUCAUGUGCAAAGCCUGGACUACUGGGACAAACCGAAUUACGCUUUAUUGCACGGUGUGCUUGAGAGAUGUAUGAAGAAACGUGGUGUCAAGGACAGUGAUCCUUUCGACUGGGAAAAGGUCCCUCAACCUGACGUCACCCAGAAUGCCGAAAACUCGUCCCCUCCUGCCAUGAAGCAGACCAAAUUGGCUACAACUGGAGCUACUCAGAUGGCCACGGACAAUCAGCUCGAUGAGAUUAUUACUGCUGUCGAUCCGAACGAUGGUACCUGCUUCCCUGGAAAAUGCAUUAUUUUGAAAGACCAAGAGAAUGUUCCCGCAAAUGAUCCGAGACUGAAACCCCGCACAAGAAAUCCCCGGGAUUCUCUCGACCGAAAGCUUUACCCCAAGGAGCCCAAGAAUGAUGAUUGGGCUAAUGCUAAUCACGUGGAUACGCCUGGUUCGAGUCCUGCUGCAGCUGCUUCCCGCAAACAGAAAGAAAACCACGUCAAAGCGAAAAAAGGAUUGCCCAUCAGUGGGACCGGUUCGAGUCCCAAGUCCGAAGAUGCCGGGAAAGAGAGAGAAGGUGGACAAGACGAGACCCAGGACGAAGACUUGCCUGUUAUGCCCGGUGUCCAAGGCGAAGUGAGACGAGAAGGCGUGUCUGAGAUGUACGAUGAUGCCACGACUGGGGAAGGAGCUCCUAAAUCUGCGUCUCUCGUCCGGGAAAGAACGACUUUGCCGCCGCAAGCCUUGCCGGUUUCAACUGGUUCCGAUGGAUUUCCGCUUCCUGUUCCUGCCGACAUUUUCGGACAGAGGUCGAUAACGUAUGCAUUUAACCCCGAUUCAAUUUUCUCUUAUCACGCCAGAACUCCGGUGAGAACUGAUUCGAUGGACAACUUGAGUCGGGAUAAUACGACGAGCAUGACGCCGAGUAAAACUGGUUUCAAGAACCGUCGGUUCGGGAGUGCGUUGCGAGUUCGUGGGAGUAGUGCUGGUGACAGGGGCUCUGGUGGAACCGGGAGCGUGUCUUAUCAUUCCUCCGUCGCAAACAAGGAUCCCGUUUCUUACACUCAGUUCGCGUUAAUUGACGACGUCUCUGCGCAGCAGCAAAUUACCAAGGGAGGCAAUGCUGCAAUCACGAUGGCAUCAGCCUGGAAGUCGCACUUCGAUGACUCGGAAGAGACAGAUAACGAGUUGAAGGAUGUACCCGGGAAACCCGACAUUCUGAGUCCCGAAGGAGCAGGCACGAACUCUGUUAAAAUCAACGAACCGGAUUGGUCGGAUCAACAAGUUCUGACCGGAAACGAUGCUGGAGUGAGACUAUCGCAGAACGGAGACAAUCUUAUUGUUGUGUCGACGCCAAUUGCGGUUCCGCCGUCGCCAACGUCAGUGUUGAAGCGCACAGGGGACGUGAGUGAUGCACUGCAAACAAACGGCCGUUGUCUGGAACCGAAGCAAUUGCCAACGACGGAAGACCUUCGAGAAGCUGGGUGUCCCUCUCAGUUGCCUGAGCCUCCAUCUGCCGUAGCUGACGUCGACCCAGUGGUGUUGGAACCCGAAGAAGCGAUUCGCCCGCCGCCCGAUUUUUUGGAUGUGACACAAGACCCCGGACGAGUGUUGAAACCUGAUCUGAUCGUUGACGGUGGGGAAGAAGAGGAAGAAUACGACGAAGUCCGGGAUUUAGUGAAGGAAAUGAAACCUCUGCUGGACCACGGCGUGAUGAGCACAGGGUUCCCUGGGGUGGAUGAAGUGCCUAUUGGCGGACGACCACCGAGCAAGGCUUGGAGUAAUCCUCAACUUUGCGAUCACAUCAGACUUGAUUUGGAGCCUCCGAUGCGGCAGCAAGCAAGUUUUGAUGACUACGCGUAUGAGUUAGACAUGACGAGAAACGUGGCUGCUAUGCAGAUUGGCGAUGAUAUGAUCAACGGCAGUCCUCGUCAUGGAAGCACAACAGGUCCUUGUAGAAGACUGAGCGCGCCUCCGACGUCCAAACCUCCGCCCAGCGCCAUCAUCAUCCCCCAACACUCGUACCAUAACAAGGCCAACGACGUGAGCAACCAAAUCCGAGACGAAGAAGGAGACGAAGAGGAAGAAGACGACGACGACGAAGACGAUGAAGAGGGACUUAAUCCUGUACCAGUGUCUGGAAAGCUCGAGAUCCGCGUUGUGGACAGGAUGGCCAUGUGCUCUUCGGCCACUGUCCAAGCAGACCCGCCUAUGGAAUACAGGAGCAGUCCUGGUAGGAUUCUGUCUGACGUGAGAGUGGCUCACGAACCCGAGCCUUCGAUUUAUUACGAUGCUCCGAGUCCAGGGGAAAAUGGGUGCACGAAAACUGAGUACUUCGAUGAAGCGACGAGAAAGGCCGAGCUGAGAUCGGUACGUCCUUGUAGAAGACUGAGCGCGCCUCCGACGUCCAAACCUCCGCCCAGCGCCAUCAUCAUCCCCCAACACUCGUACCACAACAAGGCCAACGACGUGAGCAAUCAAAUCCGAGACGAAGAAGGAGACGAAGAGGAAGAAGAAGACGACGACGAAGACGAUGAAGAGGGACUUAAUCCUGUACCAGUGUCCGGAAAGCUCGAGAUCCGCGUUGUGGACAGGAUGGCCAUGUGCUCUUCGGCCACUGUCCAAGCAGACCCGCCUAUGGAAUACAGGAGCAGUCCUGGUAGGAUUCUGUCUGACGUGAGAGUGGCUCACGAACCCGAGCCUUCGAUUUAUUACGAUGCUCCGAGUCCAGGGGAAAAUGGGUGCACGAAAACUGAGUACUUCGAUGAAGCGACGAGAAAGGCCGAGCUGAGAUCGGUUCUAGACGGAAUUCGUCGCUUGGGAGAUUCGGACGAAACGAAGGACGAAAUCGCUGCUCCUCCGGCAGGUUUUGGUGACGAGCCUGGCUUUUACGAGACCCAAGUUUUUGUCACAGAGACUCGGUUCGACACUGCUGACAAUGGUGACAGUGGUGAGACGAGCCUGCGACGACGAAACAGCGCUGGAAAUAAUGAGACUGGUGACGAAGGCCAUGUGUCGGAAGAAAAUUGCCGGUCGGCGCCCGUACCGCGACUGCUUCGACGACGGAAGAACUCGAGCGAAAAAUACAUCACUGACGAGUCGGAUCUCAACCUCAAGUUUCAACGGUGGAGAUCGAGACCCGGUUCGGGCAACAGCGAAGCCAUGGUGCAUUCACACCCCCUUAGCGCUGGUGAUGCUGGCUUAGUGUCGAGAUUGCGAAGUGCGGAUCAAGCGGAUUCUGAAGAGAGCGGUGAAGGACCUGGUCCGAGGUCAGCAAAAUCAGAGGGCUGCAAACCUGUUUCGACCUGGAUGACUCCUGUGCCACCGAUUGAUGACCCUCCGGAAGGUGGAGAAAUACCAUCCAGAUCCAAAAGACCCGAAUUACUUCGAGGGUAUGUGGUGUCGUCGCUAUCGGCCGUGCUCGCUGCAGGACAUCCCCCACAGCGCAGUCGAUCGCGGGUCGAUGAGCGUGGCGGUGGCGACCCGCGGCGUGACGAUGCCGCCGGCCGCCGCAGUCGGCGUCGGAGUAGCGUCCAUGUGGGCCAGCCCCACGGCCACCACAUUCACCACGCCAUGACACCCGCUGGACGCCCCCGCGGCGUCUUCGCCGGACGCGGGCCUCCUCGCGACCCGGAAGCGGAAAAAGAAGCGGAAACCCAGCAACGUGUACGGUUGUGUCCUCGUUUGACGAAAUCAGCGGGCAAACAAGUAACGAAACAGAAAGAGCGAGUGUGUGAGAGAAGAAUGACGAGCAGGCGAGAGAAGAGAGAUAGGGAGGAAAGUAAGUGAGAAGAAAAACCGAGGAAUCCCCGUGAAUUCUUUUCAACUUUCGCGUCACCCAUUUGUGUUUCUUGUUGUUGUCACCUCACGCUGUGAAUUUUUAGCGUCGCUUUUUGCAACUCAAGCUUUAGAAAUUCAUUGCAAUCAACCAAAGUCAUUUUAUCAAGUUUUACCUGACUGGACGCGGGGAAUGCGUGUUCGAUCCAAAGCUGUUUCUCUGCGUUAAUCAAUCGAGUAUUACUGUUGAGAUUGAGUCCUUUUUUGUUCAGGGCUCGAAGCGCUGAUAUUUGAAAUUCACGUUCUAGUCGUUUUCUGGAUUGCUAAAACUGCCCCUUGGAAAAACUCCUGACAUCGCUUGAGAAGACCCUUUUUGUCUUGAAUCCGUUGAAAUGAUCUAAGAUGAAUUACAACUAGCCUCCAUUUUGGUAUUCGAGGUACCAUGAAUGUUUUUCCGAGUGAACUUCGCGUUACUUUUUGUUGUUGACUGAAUACAACAAUGCGUUUCUUGAAAAAGUACACAUAUUAAAUUGAGUUUAUCUGCUAAUAGGGUACGAUAUUUUCUGCUGGUUGAACUGGGAGAAUUUAGUCCUACUACAGUACUUCGUAUUUUCUAGAUUUUAAUUUCUGCAAUGUAGAAAAUUCGAAGUACAAACGUACCAGUAUUCUCAAAGCCGUUUCAACGAAGUCAGCGCAGCAAACUUGUUAGUUUGGGAUGUAUUUACUCUAAUUAUUAUCAUUUUUUUUCCUGAGGCUUCACAGAAUCGUUCUUGAAAUAGCAUGUGUUAAUUGCAACACUAGAUCAGUCGCUAAUUCUGCUAGGAAGGCGUUUUUUUAGUAUUUACGUCACUGGUUUUGAGGGAAGUUGGCGUAUGAUAAUAUCUGUGGAGAAUCUCUUUUAAUGACAUUUUAGUAGUGAUGUUGUGUUGUAUUCUUCGAUUAUGAUAUUGAUUUAUAAAUAGAAAGAAAUGUUUAACUAUCGUGCCGGGAAUUAUUGCAUGAACAUGCCUUAUUUAUGGAGAAACAUCCUUUUAGACUGAAAAUUUCCUAUUGCUUGAAUCCUUCCACGUGGAAAUCAGCAGUGCGGAUUUUGUUGUUUUGUCUUCUAAAAUUUGUUUUAGACGCGGAGUUGAAGAAAAAGGGAUGAUUGUGGAUUCCUCGGUUUUUCCUUGUAUUAAGGUGGGUAUCCCAUUUUACCCAAAACAUUUUUGUGCUGGUGUCAACUUUUUUUCCCCCCAUGUUCCGCCGCGGUGUUUUUGAUGGGCAUAUUUGCGGGAGGCGUCUAGUUCGUCGAGUGCUGGUUGGGGUUGCUGCUUUCUGACGUUAGUUCUUUUGAGGAAGGCUAGUCCAGAAUUUGAUCCCCCCAUUUAUCAAAAGGCGGAGGAGAAUUUUCGAAUCAAUUGAGUAUUCUUAAAUAGUAUUUCGUGAACUGACUUUUUUCUUUGCGGCGAAGGGAAGGCAAAGCGAGUCGCUCUCUGUGUUUUUCCUGUUUUUUGUGUGUGUGUGUGUCUGUCAGUGACGAGGGCGUUUCGUAAAUUUUCCCAACUCUUCGUGUGUCCUGGUGAACGGUGUUUUCUGAAUUGAUUUUUGGCGAGAAGUUCGCAUAAUUUUUGUCCUGAAGCUAAAAACAGUUUUUAAAUCGAUCAUAUGGGGGUUUUUCGACUGGAGUGUUGUUUUUAAUUUUAUUUGAUAUCUGCCUAAGUAACGUAAUGGAAUUUUUCUUGUUUGAUGCUAAUUUAUUGUAGAACUUCAGAUGAAAACUACCUUUUGGCGUAGAAUGCUACAUGCAAAUUUAUAAGAUUGCAUAUGACUGUAGGAAAAUAUUGUGCAGAUUUACGAAACGCCUCGCAGUAUUUUUUACGAAUUGGUCUGCCAACUUGCGUACUUCCAAAUGUUUUUUUUUUCUGUUGGCUCAAUGAUUUUUUUUUUGGUUUUUUUUAACUGGUGCACUUUUAGUCGGUAACGGAUGUCAAGCCAAAAUGGUUACUUUUUUGUGGGGCGAUGCAAUGGGUUUCAGCACUAAAAACCCUUGGAAGCCUGCGUUUUAUCCGUUUUGGGUAUUUUCGAGAAAGAAAAAAUUGGGCAUGACGCGUUGAGCGACUGGGUUUAUUGCGACUCGCUCAAUGGACUGCUGUGAUGGAUCACGCGAGUAGAAAAAAAAAUACCGGGAACUUAUGCCAUUUCGAAUCCUAGGCAUUUUUUUGUUGCGUUUGUGCAGUCUCGAAAAGCGAGUUUUCGAGUGCUUUGUGUGUUGUGCCGUGGGCUAAAAAAAAACAGUGAAUCGAUUUUCUCCGUAGUUCGGAAGCUAUAUGAACGCAGCAGCAAAUUUCUGCUCUCCGAAAAUACUCAGAAGCAAGAAAAAGUUCCUUUUUUGUUGUUGUUUUGAAGCGAGAAGGUGUGCUUGUGUUUAGUGGAGACGCGGAGUGCUGUAUGUGAUCGCCGUCUUUCUUGGGAAGGAUUUUAGCGGAAUUUUUCAAGUGAGGCUAGCCAUGGGGGAAAAAAGAAAACAAUUGUUUUAUCCCUGUUCUACAGUUGCGUCGUUAGUUGAACUUGCGGAAUCAUGAAUAACGCCCUUUUUGCCUUUUGUCACGAGGCAAAACAAUUUUUUGUAUUUGUCGAGCCUAAGUUCAAUUUCAAAUCCAUCAUUUGAAUUGAUUUUUUUUGUUCUCUGUAACGCGUGGAAAGUCAGUUUUUUUUUCUGAAUUCAAAGGGGACACGGAAAUCUUAAAUGGGAAUUUUCUCAAAAAUUUUGGUACCGUUCUGGUUUGUGACCUACCGUAAUGACUUGGUUUUUGUGUUCCGAUGCCCAAAAUAUGCCGUUUAAACUAUUUGUAAACUUUUCAUUUUUCGUGGGUCGCAGAUCAUUGAGACGGAUUUCUUUAAAGACUCCAUCAGUUGGAAAAACUUCAAUCUUGCAUGAAUUGCAGUUCCUGCGAUCGUUUGUGUUUGGGAACUUCGGAAAGUUUUUUUUGGGUCGCGAACCAGAACAACGCCAAUUUUCGAAAUUUCGAUUGAAAAAGGAUCGACCGAAAUGAUUUGAUGCUAGUUUUCAUCGUCGUUGAUUUAAAUUCAGCCCAAAAUACGGAGCCAGGAAACAAGUUCAGAAAUUUCUUUCAGUUGGUCUGAUUGAUUCGUGCGUUUUAAUGAGCAUUUGAUUUAUUUGCACAGUAUCAAAUUGAAGUGUGAGCUUAGAAAUUCGUAACUUGGAAAACGUUGGUUUUUUUUCAAAUUUGAGGAAAAGCGUGGAAUUUGACUUGAGUGACUCCUGCUUUCGAACGUUGAGAUGGGUCAAGGAUUUCUCAAUGUUUCAACGAAUACGCUGAAACUUACGUGAAUAAAACGAAUGCCUCGAUUGUUAACCGUGGGAAAGAAAGAAGCAAUUCAGCCAAAAGGAGCCUCACAGUUUGAGAAAAACUGGUCGAGAAUUUUAUCUAGUCAAGGAUCCCUCUCCAUUCGGGUUUUAUCUUUUUUGAAAGAAAACAAAAUGAUGGGCUUCUUUAUCCGCGAUUUUUCCGCCGUUUUGUUUCGCGUUUUAUCUUGUGACAAAAUUGCCGGAAUCUAUGUCAGUAGUGUGUAUGAGUGAGACCUUUUUGAAAGGGAGAUAUUAUUGCUCUUUUUAGGACACGACGAUUUCGCUUGCGGAAAAAUCCAAUCGUUCAUCGGCUAGAAAAAUUUGGGUGUCUUCGGAAGAGUAAGCGAAAAGGAAAGUCAAAAGAAGGAAGGGGGGAAAAGGAAAAGAAUCUUGCCGUUGCGUGCUUGAGAUGCUCUUGACCUUUUUUUUUCUCUGUUUGUUUCAUUUUAUCAAUCCCCAGUGUUUGCCUUUCUUGCGUCGCGUGAGACGAAGGAAACCUGACAUUCCCUGUGACACCCUCAAGGGGGAUUUUACCAGCGAAAAUGAGAGAUCGCAUAUUAUCGUGCGCUGACCUGAUGUGCCGCGUUUUUUGUUUUUGUUUUUUCCUCUCCUCCUUCGUGACUAAUGUUCCACGUGCCAGGGGAGAAGGAAAGCGGAGGAAAAACAAGAAGAAAAAAAAAGAAGAGAAAUUGAUGGGAGUUUUUGGCAGUGAGUUUUGGGAGCUUCCUGGCCAAGGGAUUCUUUGAAGAGGCUUCUUUCUUAGCUGCCCUCGUUUCCUUUGCGAUUUAGGGGAUCCUGUGUUAUGUCGCGUUUUUUUUUGUCUUUUUUUUUUGGAGUCCAUCGCGGCUGAUGUUUUGGAUUUUAUUUCGUGAACGCGUGUGUUCGCUUUUUUUUUCUGAGAUGGUAACAAAAAAGUAAAUGGAAAUUGAAA